UCGCUCUCGCGGACGAAGCGCUACAACCGUUCGCACACGGGCGGCUCCUCGCACGCGCCGCAGAACGACUUCCCCGUCUUCGCGAACAGCGGCGACGUCGAGAUCGUUGUGCGCGCCCGCGAAUGCCCGCCCGGCAACGCCCCCGUCCAGAACCGAUACCUGCUCCAUCGCCACACCCUCACCCGAUGCUCCGGCUUCUUCGAGGCCAGCACCUCCACCGAAUGGUCGCGCGCCCGCGCCCUGCCAGUCGGCAAUGAACUCUCCCGCAUCGGCGAGAACGGCGGGCCGCCCUCCGUGACCGGCAGCGACGACGGCUCGUCCGUAAGGGGCGGCGCGAGCACCCCCCGGAGGAGGUGGAGGUACGAGCUGGAGACCGGCUCCGGCUCCGGCGACAUUCCCAUGUUGGUCCAGAGGGAUGAGUUGAGCGACAAGUCCUCACAGUCUCUCUUCGGCGCCGCCUCGACCCCGGUAGCCAACUCGGCCAGCUCCCGUUCUUCCCACCGCGCGAAGCACUCCCACUCCCAUUCGCUCUCCUCAGCAUCAUCGAGCCACUUCUUCCGCUCCGUCGCCAACCUGGGCCUCUCCUCCCACCAGCCGCAGCCUCCGCCGCUGUCCCAGCCCGACCAGGACCUCCUCCGCGACUACGACAACCUCUUCCGCAUCUUCUACAACUACCCGCCGGUCCUCGACGGCAUCAACGUCGCCGACGCCUACGUCCAGUGCAAGAGCCUGCUGACCCUCGCUGACCAGUACGAUGCCCUCUCCGUCGUUGGCCCCCGUGUCGACCACCACAUGCUGCAGUUCCAGUCCCGCCUGUGGAAGCAAAUCGCCAAGUACCCCAUCUCCUACUUGCGCCUGGGGUACCUCGCCCGCUCCAAGGUCAUCUUCCAGGAAGCCCUCAUCCAUGUUGUAGGCCAGUGGCCCAUUGGUGAGCGAAGUCUGCGUGCCGCCUUGCCAGACGUUGUCCUUGAUAUCAUCGAGGACAAAGUCGACGAGCUCGAAGACACCGUUAGCCGUGUUGAAGGCCGCCUCUUCCGCGUCGGCCUCACCAACAACCGAGGCGAGCGAGUAGCCCCCAACACAAACUACCUCGACUGGCUCGCCGUCAGCCUCUUCCGCCAAUGGCUCGCCGACCACACCUCGCCUCCUCCGCCUCCGCCAUCGGACGCACGGCGUCAUCCCGGCUCCCGCGACGGCGGCCGGCCCCCGGCUCUGCCGCCCGUCGUUCCACCUCUGGCCGCCGUGGGCCGAGCCUACCGCACCCUCGGGUCCGCCAACGCGGCGUCCUUCCUCGGCCACGACGAGUGUAAGCGCUUCCUCAAGCUGACCCCAGAGCUCUAUAGCCGCGACAAUCUUCGACGCUUUGAGAAGCGUCUGGAUGAGCUCAAGACUAUGGCCCGCGAGAUUGUCCGACCUCUCAUGACCAGCGGCCUCGAGCUCGACAUGAACGGCAGCACCCGCGCCGCCGACGCCAUCUCCUACCUGACCUGCACCACCGUCACCAACCGGGAUUUGCCCUGG